AUGUGGCGCAGCGUGGCGGUGGCGCUGCUCGUGCGGGCGCUGGCGGUGGGCGCUUCCUGCGCGGACCUGCAGCAUAAAAUGGCACUUAAUUUUCGUGAACGUAAUGAGUAUAUACAGAAGAAUAACCUUUGUUACAAUUGUCUCCAUCCUGGGCAUUCAGUAAAGAAAUGUCGUUUACAAAUGUCAUGCCGCAUAUGCCACAAGCGCCAUCAUUCUCUUUUACAUCAACCAUCAAAGUCAAAUACCUUGGAUCAAUCAGAGAAACAAGCACAGCCAACGGUAUCAGUCUAUGCAAAUGUAGAAGAGUCAGAAGGAGAAGAAAUCAAUGCAAUGAUGACGUCACAUUACAAUGGAAGACAAAGUUCAGCAAUGUUAGCUACAGCAGAGGUUAAAGCAAAAAGUGAAGAAGGCAAUAUAAUCAUGUUGAGAGCUCUAAUAGACCAAGGUUCAGAAGCAUCAUUUAUAAGUGAGAAGGCUGCACAACUUCUGAAACUUUCAAGACAACCGGCAAGAGGUAAUGUUGUAGGCAUGGGUUCUACUAGAACAAGCGUAAAUCAAAGGGUUCAAUUACAAGUUUCACCAAGAUGGGAGUCACAAUUUUCUAUCCAUAUUCAAGCCUAUGUGAUCAGCAAACAAUUGAGGUUUAAGAUUCAUUUAUUUCUCAAAAGAAUACAAUUCACUUAC